CUUCUUUCAUCAUUUCUUCUUCUUCCACCAAUUUCUUUCUCCUACCAACUAACAUAUGGCCGGAGCAGCAAAACCCGACGAGCUUUUGGCACCACACCCACCAAGAGAUCAGCUUCCAAAUGUCUCCUAUUGCAUUACAAGUCCACCCCCAUGGCCUGAGGCUGUGCUGCUCAGCUUUCAGCAUUAUCUAGUAAUGCUUGGCACAACGGUUAUCAUUCCGACUGCUCUUGUUCCACAGAUGGGUGGAGGCAAUGAGGAGAAAGCCAAAGUGAUUCAAACUCUGCUUUUUGUUGCUGGAUUGAACACAUUGCUGCAGACCAUGUUUGGGACCAGAUUACCUGCUGUCAUUGGGGGUUCAUAUACUUAUGUUGCACCCACCAUAUCGAUUAUCCUUUCUGGUCGGUGGAGCGAUCCGGAUCCCGUUGCAAGAUUUAAGAAGACAAUGCGUGCGAUCCAGGGUGCGCUCAUUGUUGCUUCAACGGUUCAGAUUGUUCUCGGKUUCAGUGGCCUCUGGCGCAAUGUUGCAAGGUGUUUGAGUCCACUUUCGGCUGUUCCUUUGGUCGCUCUUGCUGGUUUCGGACUAUAUGAAUUUGGAUUUCCUGGGGUUGCCAGAUGUGUCGAGAUCGGGCUGCCUCAGCUCAUCUUUCUAGUUGUUCUAUCUCAGUACCUAUCCCAUAUGAUGCAUUCGGGAAAGGCUAUAUUCGACCGUUUUKCUGUUCUGAUCUCUGUUGCAGUAGUUUGGAUUUACGCUCACAUACUUACGGUUAGUGGUACCUACAACCACACAAGAUUAAGGACACAAGCAAAUUGUCGUACGGAUCGCGCUGGACUAAUUCACGCUGCUCCCUGGAUAAGUGCUCCAUAUCCUUUCCAAUGGGGUGCACCGUCCUUCAAUGCUGGUGAAGCUUUUGCCAUGAUGAUGGCUGCUUUUGUUGCUCUUGUGGAGUCUACCGGAGGUUUCAUUGCAAUUACAAGAUAUGCAAGUGCAACUCCCUUGCCACCAUCUAUUCUAAGCCGAGGUGUAGGUUGGCAGGGAAUUGGCAUAUUGUUGUCGGGCUUGUUUGGAACUGUAAAUGGAUCUUCAGUAUCUAUCGAGAAUUCUGGUCUUUUGGGUUUGACCCGUAUCGGCAGUCGAAGAGUCGUGCAGAUUUCWGCCGGGUUCAUGAUCUUCUUUUCAGUUCUUGGUAAGUUUGGAGCAGUCUUUGCUUCAAUACCGGCACCCAUUGUUGCUGCUCUAUAUUGCCUUCUCUUCGCUUACGUGGGUGCGGCAGGCCUUAGUUUCCUUCAAUUCUGCAAUCUGAACACCUUCAGAACAAAGUUCAUACUGGGAUUUUCGGUCUUUUURGGAUUGUCUGUGCCCCAGUACUUCAACGAGUAUGAAGCGAUCAACGGUUACGGCCCUGWCCACACGUCUGCAAGAUGGUUCAACAACAUGGUGAACGUUCCUUUCUCAUCGGAAGCUUUUGUAGCUGCGUUGUUGGCGUAUUUUCUGGAUAACACGCUUCACUACAAAGACAGUUCCGUUAGGAAAGACAGGGGCAAAUAUUGGUGGGAUAAGUUCCAUUCCUUCAAGACCGACACCAGAAGCGAAGAGUUCUACUCAUUACCCUUCAAUCUCAACAGAUACUUCCCACCCGUGUGAUUUCCUUAGAAAAAAAGGUGCGGUCGAAAGGUUUGCUCUCUAACAACUCUGUUGUUUUUGUCACAUAUCUAUCUAACUGUAAUCGUGUCGUAAAGGUUCAAUCCAGUCUUGUCCGAAUGAUCUGUUAGGACAUUUGUUAAUUCAUUUGGUUUUUUUGCUGUAAAGUUUGUGGUCAUUUUGUUGCUAUCGUCUUCCAACCUUUGCAAUAAAGUUGAAGGACUAAGGU